AUGGCCGGCAACAAAGGGGCGAGCUUCCCCAUUCUAUCGUACCAACCCAUACGGAUCCUCUACCAGCUCCUCGGUGGCCUCUUCAUCCUCGUCCGCCUGCCCGUGUGGUGCGUCCAGGCCCUGGUACCGGCGUGCCGUUCUCACCCGAAAUGGGGCUUCAAGCAGACGCUGAUGGCCCGCCUGACGCGCAACUUCGUUGACCUCUACUCCAACGUGGGCAUCACCGAGACGCACACCCUCCAGCCAGGCAAGGAGGGCGACCGCUUCCAGGCCAUCGAGCCCUUCCCCUCGGAUCUUUACCGCGGGCCUCUCGCCUCGAACCCGGACGUGAAGCCCGUCACCGUUGGCGGCACCUGGUUCCCCGAGAAGCCCGACGUCGAGAAGGGUGGCUUCGAUGGCACCGUCGUCCUGCAUAUCCACGGCGGCGCCUUUGUGCUCGGUGACGGCCGCACGGGCUACUGCGGCUUCAUGGCCGACACGCUCAUCGACAAGGCCGGCGUUGGCGCCGUCUUCGCGCCGCAGUACCGUCUAUCAGGCUACGGCAGCGGCGACGCGGCGACGAACCCCUUUCCCGCCGCCCUGCAAGACGUCCUUACUAGCUACCUGUACCUGACUCGGACACUCGGCAUCCCGCCCCGGCGCAUCGUGCUCUGCGGCGACAGCGCGGGCGGCAACCUCAUCGUUGCGCUGCUUCGCUACCUCGACACCUUCGGACGAGACCUCGGGCUCGCGGCCCCGAGCUGCGCCGUGCUUGUCGCCCCCUGGGUCAACCCGCUCGCCAGCCUGGGGCCGGACUCGGUGUACGAACAGCACGACCACUGGAGCACCGACUACCUGCCCGUGUCCUUCCUACGCUGGGGCGCCAGGGUGUACUCGGCCGGCGUCGCCGAUGAGGACACGCCGUACGUGACGCCUCUCGGCAACCCGUGGGCCACACCGGUGCCUAUCUUCGUCUCCAUGGGUGAGGCCGAGAUCCUCGAGACCGAUGGGACCACGUGGUGCCGCCAGAUGCAGGAGUCCGGGAGCAGCGUCACGGUGUGGUAUGAGGAGAAUGCCGUGCACGACACGCUGCUGAUGGGUGCCAUCAUCGGCUGGACGGAGAGCGCGCAGACUGUGGCGGUGAGGAUCGGGGAAUUUUUGAGGCAAGUACAGAGUGGGACGGAGACAAAGGGAACAGAUGAUGUGUGA